AUGGCGGAUUACAACCCGGAUAUCUCCAACGGCACCUGCUACUACUACGAUGGCACACAGGCCGAUUCCAGGUAUAUCCCUUGUGGGAAUGUCGCCCUCGGCCACAAGUCAUGCUGUGAGAGUCUGGACAUGUGUCUAUCGUCGCACGCUUGCUAUAACGGUCAAUUUGGCGUCACAUAUUUGGCCGGCUGCACAGAUUCGAGUUACGACGACCCGGUCUGUCCAGACAAAGGAGAGUUUCAAGAGCAACCAUGGGCCGGCCUGGUCUACUGCAACGGCACUUCGAAUGAAUGGGUAGCGUGCGAAGAUGAAGGCAGCACAGUUACAACUCCGUUACCUUGCUGGUGUCCCGACACUGACUCGAGGACUGUCGCUUUCACCGACUCCUCCGUCCUCACCAAUAUCAUGUCCUUGCCAGCGACAGUGGGCGGCAGUGUUACUUGGAAAGAUGCCGAUGCGUACUCAUCAGAACACUCCCUUACUGCCACACUUGUUGCCUCAGAUGUCGAGACCACCGCUUCCACCAGCUCAGUGACUAACGCAACCGGUCCCCUGUCACCCGCAUCAAUUAGCUCUGCAGCGAGUUCUCCUCCGCCUCCCCCAUCCACCUCUUAUCAGACCUCCUCUGCACCGGCUGCCGCCUCUACGGUUACACCUAGCCACUCCGGCUUGAGCACAGGACAAAAGAUAGGCAUAGGGCUUGGAUCAGUGUGCGCAGCGGCGAUCGUGUUGGCUUUUGCCUGGUUAUUAUGUGCAUCCGCUCGUCGAAGCGCUAAGAGAGAAGAGGAGCAGAAUGAAGCGGCGCCGAUGAGGGAACCCACGCUACCGCAAGUGGAGAGGAGGCCGAGCGACCCAGAGAUGAGAAGUCCGGCAUGGUCCGGUCACAAGUCAGAACUUCCCGCAGACGAAAGUGUUCCGAGUGCGUCGCCAGCACCGCGAUAUCAGGACUUCCAGAGACCGCAGAGCGCCGAAGUCGAGGGCAGCCCGGUCAGAAUGUCUCCGACGAGACCUACACAAGAUGGGGGUUUGAGGGUGCCCGGUCGGAAAGGAACCUACUAUGAGAUGGCCGGAUAG